GCAUUUUUCACUACUUCAUCAAGAUCGCAAGAGGAAGGAGGAAAAGUAAAAAAUUUGCACCGAUUAAUUUGACAAAGUGCGGCAUCGGUGAUUUCAAAUUUUUAUCUCUAUUUAACUGCAACUAAGUAAAAAACUAAACAUCAAAUAUGUCUGACGAAAAGAAGGGAGAAACAGAGCACAUCAAUCUGAAAGUGUUGGGACAAGACAAUGCCGUCGUUCAGUUCAAAAUAAAGAAGCAUACACCUUUAAGAAAGCUUAUGAAUGCAUAUUGCGACAGAGCGGGCUUAUCGAUGCAAGUAGUACGGUUUCGCUUUGAUGGUCAGCCAAUAAAUGAAAAUGAUACACCAACAUCAUUGGAGAUGGAGGAAGGCGACACCAUUGAAGUAUACCAACAACAAACGGGAGGCCGAAAUUAAUUUUGAAAUUAACCAAGAAAGUCUAUAAUAAACAAAAACUUAAAUAUUACAAAACAAAUCAAUUUAAUAAUACAUACAGAAAUGAUAAGAAGUUAAAAUAAGUGUCAUCCAAAAUAAGCUGAAAAAUACUAUGUGAGCAGCAAAUAUCCCUCUCAAACGCAAAUGUGCUGUUCAAAAUUGAAUCGGCUCACAUUUAACAAUUACAGUUUGAAACAAGAGUUUGUUUGACCGUGUGCGAGACGACAUCCACAGCCGCUCAAGAGUGCUUGCAACAUAAUGGAUCACAUCAUCCAUUUAUAAAUUUUACAUUUUCUAAUACAUUAACUUAACGAUUAUUUAAUAAGCAGUUUGUAUCGAAUUACUUUUAAUUUAUGAAUGGAAACUAAAGAAAGCAUUUAUUAUUAGCCAGACAAAACCUUUCUCAUUAUUUCAAAUAUCCUUGCCGAAUGGAUUAUGUUGCAGUAGACGCGAGCGGUGCAGUCACAAAUCCUGGUUUGUUUUUGAUGCAAACGAAUCAGGUGAAUGUGAAGACGAGGGAACGGAAGGUUUAAUUUACAUAAGUGAAUUUUUAGACCAUAUAACUGUAUUAAACAAAUUAAAAAGCUAUAAAAAUAUAUGACAACAUAAACAAA